AUGAAGGCCACCAUCGGAGCGCCGCCCUUCUCCGAAUACCGUCCUGCCGUGGUCUCGCCGGCCCUCCGAUCCGCCUCCCGGGGUUCCUUUUCCGGCUCGCCCCUGAACGAGAUCCAUCACCCGCAGCGCACCCCGAUCUCCGAGACCCAGUACCAGCAGAACAACUUUGAGAACGCCGUGCUGGACUCCAUGCACACGAGCACCACCGAGUCCAUACUGCAAUGGCCCCAUUUUGACGUCUUUUCCAGCAUGCGAGAUGGUUACGUCUCCAUCUUUCACCUCGAGCAGUCGAGGCCGGCAGUCAAGGCGCGGGCGACAACCAUGUAUCCGUACGUGACGGCCGAGGACAUUGACGGUAUCAUCGAGUCGUUUGAACACACCAUCAACUUUUGGUACCCGACCAUGUCUCGUGGCCAACUUUCCCAAGUGCGUAGCUUGAUUUCCGAGGGUAUUCCCGAGGAAGAUAGCAUCCUCGCAUGCUUGUCGCUUUUGACAAUGGCAUUGGGCUGCGCCAGCCAAGUCACCGCCGGUCUGGCUGCCGGGACGACGAUGACCGACGAGGAGAAGAAGCGAAGGGCGGCGAGGAGGGCCAUGGGUGACAUGUACUUUGACAGCGUGCUGAAAAAGCUGCAUGUCGUGCACACCAACGUCGGCAGCACUGCGACCCAUUGCCUAUUCUUCACAGCAUUGUACUUUGCCUUCCUUCGCCGGCCGCUGCAAGCGUGGGAGUACAUCAACGCUGCGUCUGCAAAGUGCCUUUUGCUGCUGUCUUACACGCCGGAAUCCGAGUCUGCGGAAGACCAAGAACGAAUCCGUAGGAUAUUCUGGUCGUGCUACAUUCUGGAGAGCGACUACCUCGCGGAGCUCUCCGGUCUCCCGCAGUCCGGUGUAGCCCGCAUCGAAUCUUCGACGCCUCUGCCAGGAGAAUACAACACCCACCAAGACCCCCAAGUCGAAGAGCAGUCGUCAAUGUACUUCCUGGCCUGCAUUUCCAUGCGUCGCCUACUCAAUCGCGUGCAUCAGCUCCUCUACGCACGCAGCACCGGCGCCGCCAUGGACCACGCACGCUUCCCCUACGUCGUCGCCGAGCUCAACCACCAGCUCGACGAAUGGCGCGAGGUCCUACCCCCCGCCUUCGCCUUCAGGGUCGGCUUUGGCGAUAUCGGAGGGCAGAGCACGGCCACGGAGCACGGCGGGUUCCUGCGGCAGAGGUAUCUCACGUGCAGGAGCGUAAUCUACCGUCCGUAUCUGAUGUGGAUGCUGAGCGGCAUGGCUGGCGGGAACGGGGCGAGCUCCGAGCUCCUGGUCAACAAGGAUGCGCUCAAGAACUGCAAGGCUUGUCUGGAUGCGUGCCUCUUGCAUAUUUUGAACUUGAGGGGUUUCGGACAGACGGUUCUGGUCGAUACGUGGAUCUGCUCGCUCUCAAUGGCCGGCGCAAUGCUCGUUCUGCUUGCGGCGUGUCGUAUUUCGGCUUUGAAGGACAUGAUUGGGCCCGAGGUCCUCAGGACUGGAGAUCAUCUAAAGCAGCUGCUACAAGGCUGGCAAGCUGUAAUGGGGGAGCCGACCUCGCCGAGUGUGGAUCAGAGCAUUCGAAUGAUAGGUGACGCGGACCGAUUCAUCCAGGAGGUCUACCGGGCGGAUGACUCCUUCUCCAUGAGAAGGCGGGGACCUGCCAGCUAG